GUUUGUCCAACUCUCGUUUUAUACACGACCUCACCAGGCCACCAUACACCAUGGCCGACCCUAGUGGUACCACCGCCUCCGGUGCAACACCGGACGUGGCUACGUACGACCCAAAGCCCUCCUUACAAUACGCGUCCGCCGUCGGUCUUCAAGCUGCUGGCAUCGGUGCCCUGGUCAGCGCCGUCCAAAACGCCCUCGGGACCCAUUCGAGCGGUGCAGCAGGUUUCUUCACGCGAACGGGCGGAACUAUCGGUUUCUUCGCGGCCAUGGGCGCGACCUUCGCGUUGACCGAGUCGGUCGUGGCAAACCAACGGGAGGUCGAUGACUCCCUCAACGGUGCUGCAGGUGGAUGCGCUGCAGGCUUCCUGGCUGGAAUCCGAGCGCGUUCUCUGCCAAUUGCACUCGCAUCUUGCGCCGUCUUGGGUACGGCCAUUGGUACCCUUGACUACACUGGAAGGAACUUCGCACCCAGAGACGUUGAGUCGAUAGAGGAGAGGAGAAAACGUUUCUUCAAGCAGCCUCGACCAACACCUUCUCCUGCGUCGGAUGCUGAGUAGAUCCUUGUUGGCUAAUGUAGAGAUUUAUCACCUGCUUCACACCCGGUCGAAUUGCAUCCUGCGUCUGACCAA